CUCUGCAGUCCUGGUGAUUGCUAGGCAAGUGCUUUACCCCGCAUAGCCUAGGACAUGAACACCUCCUGAGUAGCUGGGAUUGGAGGCCAAUCAGACUGUUUCCUUAAAAGUGCCAAGUUUUCUACUGGAGAACUCUCAGCACUCUGUUUAUGUCUGUUUAUAUUUCUGUAAUUAGGGGCAGGCAUUUAAGCCAGCUGACACGAGGGUAAUUUUCAACCCGAGACCAGCAGGAUAUGACUAGGUGAAACUGACUGGUCUCGAGUCAGUUUCUUCAUCUGUGAAAUGGGCUGAUAACGCACAGCUCUGCAGAGAAGAGGACUGCUGAUCCAGUGUGGAGCCUGGCCCAAACACCGGGUUGGAAGGCACGACCAGCAUCCACCUAGGACAGGGAAGCCCCAGGAGCUCCGCGCCCGGCCUUGUCCUGCACCCCUCCCGCUCCAGCCGCCGAGCUUUGCGGAGUCAGCCCGGGGCAGCGAGAGGCGGGGCCGGCCCACACCGACCCUACGGCGGCCAUGGCCUCGGUCGUGGAGUACAAGGGCCUCAAGGCUGGGUACCAUUGCGGCUACUGCGACUCCAGGGAGGGCAAGGCGUCCUGCGGCAUGUGGGCACAUUCCAUGACUGUACAGGAUUAUCAGGAUCUUAUAGAUCGAGGAUGGCGAAGAAGUGGGAAAUAUGUGUACAAGCCUGUCAUGAAUCAAACAUGCUGUCCUCAAUAUACAAUAAGGUGCCGACCUUUACAAUUUCAGCCAUCAAAAUCACACAAGAAAGUUUUAAAAAAAAUGUUGAAAUUUCUGGCUAAAGGGGAGAUUUUCAGAAGAAAUUGUGAGGAUGAGCCCAUGGAUUCCACAAUGGAAGACACUGUUGCGGGUGACUUCGCAUUAAUAAACAAAUUGGAUAUAAAGUGUGAUCUUAAAACACUCAGCAGUGAUCUCAAAGAGAGCUUAGAGAGUGAAGAGAAGAAGAAAGAGAAAAGCUCAAAGAGAGAAGAAUCUCAUUCACAAGCUAUAGAAGAGAAGUUGGGCUCUGGUGAACCGUCACAUUCAAUUAAAGUUCAUAUGGCUCCUAAGCCAGGCAAAGGGGCUGAUUUGAGUAAGCCUCCAUGUCGAAAAGCCAAGGAAAUUCGUAAAGAAAGGAAAAUGUUAAAACUCAUGCAGCAAAACCCAGCUGGAGAAUUUGAGGGUUUCCAGGCUCAAGGUCAGGCACCGUCUGCGUUCCCACCAAAGACUAAAUCCAACCAUCCCAAAUCACUUGAAGAUUUAAUAUUUGAAUCUUUACCAGAGAAUGCAUCACACAAGUUAGAGGUGAGGGUGGUGAGAUCAUCUCCACCAAGUUCUCAGUUCAAAGCCACAUUUCAGGAGUCUUACCAGGUCUAUAAACGUUACCAGAUGGUUAUUCACAAGGACCCACCUGAUAAACCAACUGUGAGCCAGGUGAGGUUAGUACCUGUCUCCUUUGAGGACCCAGAGUUCAAGUCGUCCUUCAGCCAGUCCUUUUCUUUAUAUGUCAAGUAUCAAAUGGCCAUACACCAGGAUCCACCUGAUGAAUGUGGGAAGACUGAGUUCACAAGAUUCCUUUGCAGUUCACCUUUGGAGGCUGAGAAUCCCCCUAAUGGACCAGAAUGUGGUUAUGGCUCCUUUCACCAGCAGUACUGGCUUGAUGGAAAGAUUAUUGCUGUAGGGGUGAUUGACAUCCUUCCAUAUUGUGUUUCCUCUGUAUAUUUGUACUAUGACCCUGAUUACUCAUUUCUAUCAUUGGGUGUCUACUCUGCAUUAAGAGAAAUUGCUUUUACUAGGCAACUUCAUGAGAAAACGUCUCAACUCAGCUAUUAUUAUAUGGGUUUCUACAUUCAUUCUUGCCCCAAGAUGAAAUAUAAGGGUCAGUACAGACCUUCUGAUUUGUUGUGUCCUGAGACAUAUGUUUGGGUACCCAUUGAGCAGUGCCUGCCUCCACUUGAAAACACCAGAUACUGCCGUUUCAACCAGGACCCAGAAGCAGUGGAUCAAGGUCGCAGUAAGGAACCUGACCGAGUGCGGGUGUUUUACAAGAAAGCCAUCAUGCCUUACGGUGUUUAUAAGAAGUACCAAAAAGACCCCAGCGAGGAGGCCGCUGUGCUGCAGUACGCGAGCCUGGUGGGGCAGGCAUGCUCCGAGCGGAUGCUGCUGUUCAGGAGCUAAGCCACUGCCGGCAGAGCUGCAGCUGCCCGCGGAGCAGACUCUACAUUUCACUGUCGUACAGCUUUUCUAAAAUAAUUUGUGGCAAUGUAUUUGUGAGACUCACGUGGUUAAUACAAAGAUUUUUAAAAUAUGUUAUGACCUAGGUCUAUAAUUGGGCUUUGUCUUUUUGGAAGUUUGUGUGUAGAGCAAAACAUGCUAAGCUUCUCUAGUUAACAUUUUGGGAAGUAAAAUUAAGAUGUGAUUAAGUAAUUUAAUCACCAUCGGGCAAGUUUUGUUCUACUAGAGACAUUCAAGCAGACUUUCCUCAGAUCGAUUAAGACUGGUUUAUCCUGAGAGGCUUUAAGGACAAGGAAGAUGGAGGUGGGAAGUGUUUCAUUGCCUAGAAAACGUCUUCCCUGGGGGCAACCUGUGCUGUCACUCAGCGGUCACUAUUAAACCUCUGCCAGAUGUCACGUUGUAUUGUUUAAUAGAGAACUUGAAAAGCAAAGUACAGACAUAACAGAGAUGCCUUGUGUUUGUAGUGGGUUCCGUUUGUCCAGGAGGUCCCAUUCCCGCCUGUCUUCUUGGCAUCAUUUUUUCCCUGGAAUAAUUGCUACAGUGCUGCCUUUUACUUUAGAAAAUAUCUCAGUUUGGACAAAAAAAUAUGUAAUUACUCCAGUUAUAUAUUAUUUGCUCUACUUCUAAAAAUCUAAGAAACAAAGUAUUUUAAAGAAAAAUAUUAAGUACUAUCUUGAGCUAAGCCACAUCCAAAAGAAAUUGGCACUAAUUUUUCAUUCCUUGUAAAAACAAAUUAAUAUCUGACAGCUUCUGUAGCUAUGGCACAAAUUGCAUUUAAGUCAGUAGGAGUCGCUCUGACCUGGGCACGAGCUGGGACAGUGCUUCCCUGCUCCUUUGAUGGAGAGGCAGAGAAUAGGUGCUGCCCUCCGUAACAUGGAGCCACCAAGCCCCUGUUUGCCUCUGUCUCGGUGGAGCCUUUGCUUGUUCAGCAGAUUCCUGCUCCCAGACCUGCAGGCCCCAGGCCAGGCGUCAGAGUAAGCCAGGCAUCCCAGUGCUUGGCUCAGUCCAACCCUGCGGGAAGCAGGAUGAAGAGCAGAGGAGAAGGCUGCGCUCUUGUGUUCUUUCUCAGCUGGUCCCUUCUGCUGCCACUUGCUUGGCCACUUGUGUCAUCAGAGUCCACAUUUCACCCAUUCUUGUUUUCUGUUGAUUAAUCUUUUUAAAGACCAUAUUAUAAAACUUAGUGAUUUGAAUCCCACUACUGAUUUUAAGCUUUUUUCCAAAAGUCACUGAACUUUAUUAAAACAUUAAAACAGUAACUUUCUCUUUGUUAGAAGACAUGGAAAGAUCAUAUGACAAAGAUCUAAAAAAUGAAGUGUCUGUAAAUUGAACAUCACUGUAAACUGCAUUCCAUGAGAGAAAGACAUACCUGCCAUGUGCCAAAAACUUGGGUGACUAAGGAUAUAAGACUGAAGAAUAAUAUUUCUCUUAUUGCAAUGAUUGUGUAUUUCCCAGAGUUUUGACCAAUACAUAGUAUCUCAAGAAUAUUUAGAGAUUAACUUAGAACUAUCUCCAGAAUCUGUAGAAGUUUCUUUUUCCUUUUCCCCUGAAGUUGAACAUGAUUUUACUUUAUGAUUUUUGUGCAUAAAAGUAAUACUCACUAUAAGCAAUUAAAACAUUAAGAAAGUAAUUUGGAGUCACACCAUCUCAGAGGAAUAAAAAGAGAGCUAUUAAUGACACCUCUCAGAAUUCUAAUAUAAGUAAAAUUAUGCUAUACAUUCUAUUUUGUUUUCUCAACAGUGUUAUGGAUAUAUCUGAAAUUUGACAGAAAUCUCAAAGUAAGAUUGCAGAGAAUGGUAAAUGCUCAAUAUUAUUGAAGUAAUACUAGGAUGGGGGUCUGUACUUAGCACCUUUGACAUUGGAUGUUUAGAGUAAUGUCAACUACAUUUUGUCUGGCUUUCAUCUUUGUAAUUAACAUGUAGAGGAGUAUUCCUAAGGAUGGAGAGAAAACCAGAAUCCAGCAUCUUAACACAACUCAAAGUACAGAACUCAGUUUUGGAUUCCAUCAGAGGAAAAUGAUCCCCUUGGCAGUGCACUGAGGGGCCGUCCCUGGGGUGGCUUUCCAGGUUGGUUCCAGAGAAGCUGCACAGUGACUCGGGCAUGAAGAUUCUACCGCUCAGUGGCUGUGUUCAUGUGAAAGUUUUUUGGAGAAUAGUUGUAUUGAUCCUAGUAGUGCAGGUGUCUUCAAGAACACUUGUUCCUUCAAGCCCUCGCUGAGUGCAUGCUGAGAGUGGUUAGAGAAGGACAAUCACCAGAAGUGGCCCAGCUUUGUCAGUUGAUGAGCAGUCUCCCUUUUUUGGAUCUCUCUCAGUAGUGCAGGCUGACUUUGGACUUGCCUACGUGGCCCAGACUGGUCUCAAACUCAUGGUCAUCCUCUUGCCUUCAGUGCUGGGAUUACAGGUGUGGGCCACCACACCCAGACUUUUUUUCUGUGUGUGUGUGUGUAUGUGUGUGUGUGUGUGUGUGUGUGUACAUUAUUUCAUAGUAAUGGCUUUCAUCUAAAGGGAAACACAUGCAAACUUUACAAGGACACUUUAUAUCUUUUCAAGGCAGGAAGCGUUGCAUUUGCAAACUUCGGGUUUUAUUUUUUUCUUUCUGAUUUAAAUAAAUUCAAGCCUGCCUCCAUGCCUUGGGAGCAAAGAUGUAAUCUUGAUUCCCCAGGUUAUCAUCUUAAAUUAUUUCAGGUCUGUGAGGUCUUAGUUAUCUUAUUUUUGUUAAAUGUAAUAUGAGCACUUUUUGUAUUCUAUAAGAGAGACUAUUAUUAGAUGAAUAUAUUAUUCAUUUGAUUGAAAUUAUUUAGAUAAGUUAUUACUGUUUUCUUUCAAACAACAUAUCCUAUUUUUCAUCUAAUUUACAAAUAGCAGUUUGUGUGAUCUCUUCACAUACCAGAAUCUUAUUAUGUAAAAGAAACUUUCCAGAUUUUUGAGCAGUAAAUGGUUUGAUUUUUGUAUACCUUAUGUUAUUUCAGUGUGAAUAAAGGUAAGAGAACAAAUGCAUCUACUGUUGUUAAAUGUAUCUUUUAUUGCUCUUAAAUGUAUCUGUUAUUGCUAACUUAAAUAAAGUUGAAACAGUUUGGAAAUGUUUGAAUUAUAA